GAUGAUGAUAGUUAUGACGAUGAUGUAGAUGAUGAUGAUGAUGGUGAAGAUGGUUAUGACAUCAUGGUAUCAUGCAGUUUGAUGAUUUUUUUUCCCUCAAAUUUAAGGGUUUUUGAAGUGCAGUUCUUGUGUGACUAUUUUUAGGGUACCGGUACUCUUUCUCCCAGGCCAGGCGAAACUGAAAACUAAUCAGUCUUUUGCCGCAGAUGACGCUGUUGUCGUACGCUGAGUGCCCUGUCAGUUAUUAUUUUGCAUAGUGGCACUCGAUUCACGUAUAAAACACGGUAGUCCAGCGAAAUCAAAAUGCGGAAGUGGAUGGACAUGCGCAUAGUAUGGGAAUUUACAUUGACUGCAUUUUGUACACAAAUGAUCAGACAGAACAUGACCGACAACAUCCACGGUCGACCAUGGACUAGAUCUACAUGAGAACUGUAUUUGGCCAAACGGUAGCCAGAUAAUUAUUAACGGAAGUCUAUGCCUAGAAUGUCUUGGGCUGACCGGCCCUGGUGUCUGAGAACCUUAUUUGUCAUUGAUGAAUUCAUUUGAGCAUACAAGGCGACGUCGACUGAUGUUUUUGAGGAAAUAAUCUGCUCCAAACGAAGUCAAAUCUGGGCUGGCAUUGAUUGGCACGUUUGUUUGGAAAGACUGGAACUGUGCUAAAAAUAAAUUUGUCAGUUCAGUUAUUAUUAUGCAGCGGAACAUUGAUACAUGAUACUGAGAAGGGUAACAAGAGGAACUCUGGGGCUGAUGUUCAGAUGAGAAUGCCCUCAGCUAAGCUUCCAGCUUCCAACAGUCGUGAUGUUCGAGAAAUAUCAGGGAGAAAGGAAGCCACAGGGUUGAUGGGAAGGAUGAGGCGGACAUUGAAACGAGGGGGCAGCAAGUCCCCGAAAGAAGAUCCGGUAGGACAGGGGUUGCCAGGAGGAUAUCAGAAGAACCUGGUGAAUGGUGUUGUGGUGAACCCAUCUGUUGGGCAGGGUUUCAAUGGAGACCUACAGCCAUCAAGACUGGAUAAUGAUCCAGAAAGGACCUCACUCAAUGGAAGAACAAGCCAUUGCAUUUAUCACAAUGGAUGUGAUAUUAGAAACGGGAAUGGCCUGGAGAGACGCGAUGCUGAUAUGGAUCACUGCGUUGUUAAACAUGGAAGGGGAAACGAACAUUUGAGUGGAAGGGUUUCGCAAAAUGGCGGCAGUAGUCCAAUGCAGAACAUGGAUUCUACCAUCAACCAGAGUUCUUACAAUGGUGUUUCUGUCUUUGACAAGCAAGGGGCGCGUCCGAAGACAGGACUGUACCGCAAGAAGAGCAGUGCGGUUGGCAAAAACUUUGAGCUGGGAAGUGUUGUGUUGAAUGUUCAGGCUAAUCGCUGUGGAGAGGAAGGGAAAGGGAACAAUGUAGAUGUCAAGCUUAGUGUUGGAGGUCUGAUGGGAGAUGAAAGCGAGUCAGAAUCCACUGUGCCUUUACAACGGAAGGCAUCUGUCAGGAAUGACAUCUCAGUAAACAUUGUCCCGAGUGGAGGACUGCAGUCCAACUCGGAUGUGACGGUCAACUGCUCCGUGAAUGUACAUUGUCAUUUUACAGAGAUGGAGGAAGACUGUGAGGAAGUGGAGCAAAAUGAAGGAGAAAGUGACGCUGACUCAAGGACAAAGCAGCAGAAUAAAAUCCUGUCAAGUGCUGAGUUAGAACCUCUGGUGAUCCAGAUGGGACACCAGCCUGACAUGGAGCCUCUGAACAACCCUCGUACACCUCACAUAGCUGAGGUCAUGAUGAAAGAUAGCCUGGCAAGUUUAGAUAGUGAAUCUUCUGAUCGACAUCACAGAAGUUCAUCAGAUUCGCUACAUAGGGAAUCAAAGACACAACGUAAAGGCAACUCAGAACAGAAUGGAAAUGGGGACACAGACAGAGUUGUGAAAGAGAAGUUGAAAAAGGAAAAAUUUGAGCAUGUUGUACCCUUGCCAAAGGAUAGUCAAAUAGUAGAUGUAUUUACAACCCAGAAAGGUUCAGCAUGUGAUGAGAGCGAUAUAAGGUUUCAGUAUAACCUUCCAAGAUCAGUGUCCGAAGGAGCAGCUAUAUUAGCCAGCUACAGAAACGAUGAGUCCUUCAAAGAAAAUAGUAUGUAUGGACCAGCAAUAGAUCGAAGAACAAAACCCAAAUCUGGUUUUGGAGACUAUGCUCAGCCCGAAGGAAGUCCAGGUGAUGAUGAUGAAUCACCUCCACCUAUCCCACCUCGUAUGUCCAUGGUGUUAGACCAGGAUCCUAAGAAGGCAGAGUGGGAGACCGAACCAACUCACAUGUGUUUACCUGCACUCAUGAACGGUCUGUACAGCGACAACACAGGAACCAGUGCCUCAAUGCGGAGCAAGUCGCUUCCGCGCCACUCCUCCCUCAAUGACGUCUCCAUUGACCCAAGCAUCCCACGCCGUUCAAAGACGGCCCACCUUAAGAACAGAGUGUCCCAGCUCUUUAAGACUCCACGCCGCAAGUCCUGCGCAUUCCCAGACAGACCCUUGCCAGAUGUCCCUGGCAGCAAAUCGGGAGUCCAGUCACGGGAGAAUCGAAGGAGUCAAGUCCAAAGACCUCAGUCACUCUAUUGCCCUACAGAUGGCAGGAACCAAAUAGUACCUCCACCGCCUGCUAGACCUAGUCCCCAAAGACCAUCUGCUGGUCCAAGACCGCCAAGACCGGGUCAGGAGAACAUGGUGGUGAUUGAGAGAAGAGAGGGGAUCCCAACCAAAGAUGAAGUUGCUAAAUGCCAGGGAAUGUUUGCAUCAAGUUUACGAAGGAUCAGUGAGGUAAGUCUUGUCUUAUUUUAAUUGUUAUUUCAUUUGUGCACUAAUGUGAUGUGUACUGGUUUUGCCAUCAGCAAAUGAUAUUGCUUCCUUUAAUCAAAGACUAUAUUUGCUAUGCUUUUACACUGCUAAUUUGGGCUCCAUUUGAAUGAAUAAACCUGUUGAGAUAUCACUAGUUAGACCCUAUUCACACCAAGGAGACCGAAACCAGACCAACAUCAGACCGAAUGAAAUAGUUUAAUACCUAGACUGGCUGAGAAUCGGUCGGUUUGGCGGUAUGUGUGACUGAGGUAUUACAGGGAACUGCCUACCCUGCUUGUUUGCAAUUUUCAUGAAUUAAUAUGGGUUUCUGCCUUGUUUUUCUUCCUUCACUCAUGAUUGCAGUAGCUUUCAACUAGAUAAAAUAGAUCAAUGGCCUACUGGGUAACAUGUAUAACUGUAUAUCC